GACAGUUCACGAAAAAAAUUCCUCACGUUCAUCGCGUUUUCUCUGUUUAUUAGCAUUUAUUUGCACCAUUUAAGUGGAUUUUUCCUCGAAUUUCUUCCCAAAACCCCUCACUAAAUCUUUCAGACUGUUCUCCACUGUGCAAUAAUUGUGUUUUAGUGAAAUUUUGUGUAUUUUUUUAUGUGGAAAAAUGCCAUAGAACAUCGGUGUUUUUGGUGAAGCCUCUUGUUUUUUUUUCUGGGCGAGGAAGAAGGUGUACAAAAAAAAAGUUCCGUGGGCUACAAAAUGAGCCAUCGUGGGGUGAUAUCAGUGAUUGUUUGACUUGUGCCGCCAGAGAUAAGGUGGAACAUUGGCAGAGGUGUCGAUAGUGGGUAAAUUAAUCAAGAGAGUGAGAUAAGUUUUCUGCUCGGGGAAAACAUGGCUGGGAGUCUCUACCCGUGAAAUGUUGGCCCCCUCUUGGCUCUUCGCCCUCGCUCUGCUUCUGGUUUCUGACACCGGAAGCACCAGCGAUAGAGGAAGUCACUAUGUACCUGUUAUUCUCAAUGGAACGGCAACGGUGAGUGUCCGGCGACUAACUGAGGCACCGCCUGCUGCAACUGAGGAGCCGUCUCGGGCUCAAAAACUGGCUAAGCGUUUGGAGGAGCGGUUUCGGGAGAUCCGGGAUGCAGAAUUGGGUGUGCCAGAUGUGCAGGAAAUGUUUGAUUCAAUGGAGUUCGCUCCAGUGGCGAGGGAUGAUGUGGAUACGGUAAAGAGGAUGUCUCAGAGGCUGGCAGCAAAAAUGGAGAAGGCACAUCUGGUGAUAUCGAGUUUGAGGGAUUUUAUUGUGGAUUCGGUUCAAGCACGAAAUCGCUCAAAGCUCAAUUCGGUAACUUUUCCCUGUCCCUUUCGGUCCACGGUACCUCCAUCGCUGCAGUAUGAUCGGCAGCAGAUAGAGAUUGUGAAUUUCAUGAAAACCCUUGAAGAUAUUAAGGAUGAGGAAGAGCAAUUUGAGACAUCACUGACCAAUGAAUUGAAGAAAUUCACUCACAGUACUGCCCAUUUCAAGAGACAAUUCUUCCUAGCUGCUUCAGACAAUGCUGUAGACAAAAAAUGUCCGGACAAUCAGCAUCUCAGGACAGUCUUUACAGCAGCCAUUUGGAGUAAGAAGAUCCUUUUACUGGUUGACCAUGGAAGUUCUCUGAACAUGGAUCAAUUGGAACUAACAAAAGCCACAGCAAAAAGCGUCAUUGGACUCCUCCAUCCGACGGAUUCUGUGGCUGUGGUCAGUAUCUCAGAUCGUGUGGGAGUCUUUGCUCCCGACUAUAAAACACAGUGCAUCACAGGACAGAUGCAUCCCGCCACGCUGGACAAUCGCGUGAAAUUGACAAAGUUCCUGGAUGGACUCAAUAAAACCAAAGCCCAAACUAAUCAUACAUUGGGCUUUGAAUAUGCUUUCAAGUUGCUCGGGGAUAUUGAGCAGGAUUCCCAUCAAGGUCACUUUAUGUUCCUGUACAUCAGCCGAGGACUCUUGUCGUCGCUGGCCGAUGCAACGGGGGUACUAGAAGUUAUUGCUGCUGGGCAGAAGCGUUUGAGGCAUCCAGUGUCCAUAAAUACGAUUCAAGUUGUUUUGGAUGAGAAGAGAAUCAUGUAUGAGACUCAGUUUCUCUGGGAUAUCACUGUUCAAGACUACAAGAAGCACAAGAUUGAGAGUUUGGAUGUGACUGAACCGGGGAUUAUGCUGACAGUUAACAAGUAUCGCAUUGAUGAGGUUUAUAUCAAUGUGACAGCGUUAUUCAGCAAAAUGUUCAGAGAGGGACUCUUAACACAGAAUAUUACCCUUCAUCAGCCAUACUUGGAUCCAGAUUCUAAAGAUAUCCUCGUGAGUGUUACUCAAACUUGCGAGAGAUUUGGAGUAUUUGGGGUUGAUUUGUAUUUGAAUGAUCUGGCUGAGGAUGUGCUGUACUACAGCAAAUACCCAGAUUCCUAUGCCUUCAUCGUGGACACAAGUGGUAAUGUUGUGUCUCAUCCAUCUUUUGCUGAUCGCGCAUCAGCUGUUGAGAUGAUCUUUCCCACCGAUAUCAGUUUAAUUGAACCACCACCUUUCACUCCUGCCCUUCGCGAUGAGUUACUGAAGGAGAUUUUUGGCACUCAUUCCCACAGAGAUGCCACUACAAAUGAUACUGUAACUUAUACGUGGCAUCAUGUGAUGGAUUCCUACGUGAUUUGCAUUGUAACACGAUCUGGUGGAUUCAAUCGGUCUCCAGUGAUGCUCAAAAGAGUACAUCCUGGGAUACACUAUUACCAUCAGCAUCACAAUGAAGUGUCAAUGGCAAGUCUUCCGGAUGUUAUUUAUCACAGACUGGACUUGAUUCCUCCUCCAGGGGGGAAAACCAUGUGUCGGCAUUUCAAACAGAUUGCCACAAUGGACUGUGGAACAUUGUUUCUGAGUCCAGCUGCCUUCCAAUCUCCCUUUCUGUUUAUCCGAAAUAGUCGCGAAAGUAGCUCAAAGGCCACAAUUCACAGUAUUCAGAGCUUGAUGGCGUACAUCAAGGACAAGACGAGUCUUUUGGCUAAUCCAGGACUGUUGAAUGGAGUGAGAAAUGACGUGGCAGCUCUCACGCAUAUCAUUGGGUACCUGAAGAAGAGACAUUUACGAGAAGGUCCACUCAAGAAUUUUAUCAUUAGACGGUACGUGGCCUCAGUCAAUGGGGUAUUGUUGGUCUAUCCAGGUUCUCAGGUCAACAAUCAAUUGGAAAUUAAUCAAAGACCAUGGUUUGGGAGAGCCAUGGCCUAUCCUGGGAGAAUUGUGGUCACUGAACCAUAUCUCGAUGUAGGAGGCGCUGGAUAUGUCAUCACAGUAGCUCACACAAUUUUUGAAGGAAAGCCCAAUGCUCUCCACAAUGCUCAAAGAGAUACUCCAAUUGGUAUCGUGGCUCUUGAUCUUACCAUGGGCUUCCACUAUAAAUUAGUUAUGGAGUCUGGGACUUUCUGUACGGAAGCCAAUGUCAAGUGCUUCCUGAUGGAGGAUCGGGGUUACUUGAUUGCUCAUCCAAGUGUCUUGGAACCAGUGACUGGAGCGAACUCGAGGCGUCCGCUUGAACACAUCACCCACCGCGAGUCUUUUGUGGCCAAUGACAUUUUGAACCACAAAGAGCUCGUUCAAAAGAAACUGUGCAACGUGUACGCCAACAGGACCAUUCAAAGGUACUAUCAGUUCAACAUAUCUCUGACGGACGUCCUUACGAAUGUGGUUCACGGAGAGAGGACAAAGUAUCAAAUUACCGUGGUUCCUGGCACCAAUAUCUUCGUGGGCGUCUUAAAUGCCUCAAAUGAUGGGGGUGCCUUUUGCCCAUGUAGCACUGUUGAUCGCCUCUGUCUGAAUUGCAAUAGAAUGGAACAGACUGAGUGCGAGUGUCCGUGUGAGUGUCCCCUUCACUAUGAUCCUCCUCUGAAUUCCACUGAAGCCCCAAAAUGCACAACAACAACUGAGGCGGAUGAUCAGAGAUUGGCAGCUGAUGGAGUGUGUAUGCCCUUCAUGCCAGAAGCUUCUCCAGCUUCAGCUCUGACUUACGCCGUGGACGAUCUUGAGUUGAGGGCCUGCGUGAAUGUUGUGUGCGAUUUGUGCACGACACAGACUGAAUGUCUGGGAGUUAUUGGAUGUGAAUGGUGCCAGGUGGACGUUGAUGGAGAGACAAUCUUCACGCAGCCCUUCUGUACGUCAAUGCAGUCAUGUUUCAAUGGAAUCCUAGGUUCAGCAACGCCAUACGGAGAUGGGCAACUUGGAUCAACUAUUGUGGAUCCCUUAAUUCCACCAGCAUAUUCAGCUAUAGGGCCAGUAGCUGGGGCUACAAUUGCGCUUUGUCUGGUUGUCGGUUUUGCCAUGUACUGCUACAGGCAAAAUCAAGAUCCUGGUGGGGCUGAGCAUCUCUAUGGGGAUUCCCAGGGGGAGAAUCAAUUGGAUGUGCCCAUGGCGAGGCUCAAUUUUGAUGAUAUGGCACAUGAUGAUGGAGAUUUGGGCAAUAGCAGUAACCAGAAUCUUCUUCCAUCACAGGGAUCGGGUAUUAUGAUCCCUGAAGUUUCACUAUAUAGGGCUCCCUCAGCCUGUCGUCGUCCAAAUGCCGCAGAUUCUGACCAUGGAUACUCGACGAUGACACCCCAUGAGGAUUCUGAGAAUCUAUGCUUUACCUUGGCGGAUCCAUUGCUCUCGCACAAGCGACUGUCCAUGUCGGAUUCUGCCUCAAUUAGCACAAGUGUCUCCAGUCCUACAAAUCACUGUAGACCACUUGGCCUGGAGCGACACCUCGUGACGCCCCCGGAGGGCACCACAGUGCUCCCGGCGUCGCCCCACCUCGUCCUGGCCCCUGUCACAGUUCAUCGCCAGAUGGAGACUACUACCUCGUGAUGCAGCCGCGCCUGGACGCCUUGUACUUGUAUGUAUCACAAACAACUAUCGUAUAGUGCCAAAUUUUUUUUUUAAAUGGAACAUUCUUCCACUAACUAACUUUAAGGUGACUUUUUGACGGGGAAAUUUUCAACUUGUUGCUCUCUAUAAAUUGACUCUAUAAGAUUUCUUCUUCAUCCAGUGACUCGCGAAAUUCAUUUCAGUAUUUUAGAAGAAGAAAAAAACCAAUCGAGGGGUUUAUCAAUGCAAAUUUAGAGGUCAAAAGGACAACAAACAUAAAACCGUCCUUUUUAAAGUAAUCAUUUUUUUACAUAAAUAUAAAACUUUUACAGAAAUUUUAUAGAGUUUUUUAUACAACAUAAAAAAAUUAAUGGUUGAAUGAACAUUAUAUCAGAUUAAUUUAUAAAUCAAACAGAAUUAUCACAUUUCUUAUAAAGUAAAUAGGGUAAGUGUGCCAAAUUUCGGCAUAGUUGCAUGCAAGCGCCAAUGUCUCAAGUUUGAAAUGCAAUAUUUUUAAUAUAAAUUGAAUGUUUUAUUCCUUCUUAAGGAGUGUUGCUUGGAAGCUUAUAAGCAGUUUAUCGUUUACAUUUCCUCAAAAAUCAUUCUUAAUACAUUUUAAAAUGAAUAAAAAUGUAGACAUAGCUUGGUGGCCUAUUUCGGCCACCUUCAUUCCCAUAGUUCUUUGCAAUUCGGGAAAGUUUCCAAUGAUUUUUCACAUCGUCUCAUUUGCCGAAGCUGUGUCUUAUAAUUUUUUGCAUUGUAGAAACUCUAGAGUAUGCAAAAACUAAAAAUUCAUGGGAAUUAGAGGAAUAAAAAAGGUGGCCGGAAUUGCAAGCUGACCGAUAUUUGGUACACUUACCCUAAAGAUUUUCAGGGUGUUUUUAUAAUAUUUCUCAAAUUUUUAAAAUGGCAGAAAAAUACUGAGUUAUAUAAACACAUUUCGUUGUUUCAAUUAGUUAGCAUCGUAACUUUACUCAGGAUAUUUUCUGAAUUUUAAAUUGUUAUAAAGCGAAAAAUGCAUGGUGAUACAAUUUUCCUUUUUACGGAAAAUUGAAGUGCUUCACAUCAUCCUUGUAUACAUUAAUAUGCAGCCUAUACCUAAGACUAUAACAUGGUGUAAGCAACAUUUUUCUAAAAUUCACAAUUUUCUUAGGAAAUUCAGUCAAAAUCGCAUCUUUCAAACGUUUUUCUAAACCCCAGUUUCCCCUAUACCAGUAAGCAGUAAGCAUCAAAAUAUCUUGCGAAAACUAAUUCAUGAAGAAUUAAUGAAUCUAUAUCGUGAGGUCGAGCAUUCGGCAAAUCUGGGACGCUUUGCCUUCUCUUUUUUCAAUGUGUUUUAAAUUUAUUUGACCCAUUAUAACAUAUUUUAAUUGCUGGUCGAAUGCAUCAAAUUUCCAGAAAAGAGCUAUGGGUGAAAUCUAUUAAGAUAGAAAAAAUAUUGAGUUUCCCGAAGCUUGAGUCGUUCAAAUGUACCGCGCUUUUCUCUAUUCUCAAACAUAAAUUUGUUAAGAAAUUUUUGGGCGACACUGUGUAAGUUAUUACAGGUUCACAAUGAAAAUGAAAAGAAUACAGGCAGGGAAAAUUAGGCGGGAAUUAGUGAUAAUUUUUUACAUUCAGUCAAUAAAAUUUACAGUUAAUAGCUAUAGGUUCUAUGAAGAUGGCGCUGCAUAGCCAGUAGACAGUUUCUAGAAAACAAUUCUACAUUAUUGUGAAUUAUAUUUAGUAUUCUCUGUAAAAAAAAUGAUUUGCAGAGUCCUUGCAAGCAAUACACUCAGUUCCGGCAUUCUUUCCGUACAGAAGUAGAUCUUGAAAAAUUCGAAAAUCUAUUUGAAGAUCCAAAAAAGAGACUUUCUUACUUCUUAAUACUUUCGCAAGGUGGCGGAAGACUCAUCCUGUUCGAAUUUCGAAGUGCUCAAGUGUCAAAAUGUGACGGUCUUCAUAUUGUUCUGAGGAAUAAAUCAGAACGACGCUUACUGUUCUUGUCCCAUUACUUAAUCACUCCAUAAUCACUGAGUAACCCUUGUGCCAGCUUUUAGUGUGAUAUUUGAUAUAUUUUCCCCACCUUGUUCGAAAAUUAAGUAUGAAAAUUCGAAAUUUAAUUUGAGUUCUUCGAACAUCAACGACUUUUUGUGCAAAUAGAGUUCCAUUUACCUUUUAUCCAAGACACUAUUUGAGAAUCAAAAUCUACUUCUGUUUGCGCUCAGUGUAUGCUUCUUAUUAGAAGUCUUAGAUAACUGGUGUGUGUCUCGGCUUCAACAUUCUUAAUUUUGACGGUCAAUGUGUUGGAAUCUUUAGUACAAAAAUAUCAAUCAAUCUUUAACCCAUUUAAGUAUUACAAAUUAUUCAAUAAAAGAAACACAUAGAGACUUCAAUAAUGCAUUUAAAAUAAGAAACUCACAUGAAACGAAGGCAUUUAAUUAACUUUUCCAAUAAAGUAUCUGCAUUUUUGCUUUGGUAAACCCCUUUGAUAUUAGAUUAGAAAGAAAAAAAAAACGAUAAAGAGCAAAUUUCUGAGAGCACAAGCAAUGAAAUCUUAUUACCCUGCAUUUAGAAUUAAUUUAUUUUUCGUCUUUCUCCGUGAGAGAAAGGUGUCAAAAGAAACAAAUAAUCAAACAUAUUAAUUUCUGCAAGAGACUAAUGCAGUUAAAUGGAUGUCGUGCAAAUGAGCAAUUUCUAUAUUGUCGUUUCUAAUCCUCGUUUUUUUUAUAUAUAUACACGAAAAAAAAUGUACAACAGAGACUUUUUUAUGUUCUUGUUUAACACGAAAUGGAAGAAGAAAAAAACAGAGAAAUCAUGUUAAAGUUUAAGUGUAAUUUCCUUUUAAAAGUUGCAUGUGUAAAUUUUUUGCGGGGGGAGAUGUAUUUAUCCGGAAAGCAGAGAAUUUCUCAAAAAAGUGAUUGAAUUGUGCAACAAAAUGAAAACUUUUUCCGUGUGAUUGCAAAUGACCGAUAUUUUCGGAUUCCUUGGUGUCUCCUGAGUGAUAACUCCGAAGAAAGUUAUGGUCUAUUACGUCUAGUUUCUGAGCUAGAUUAAGAUGAAAAUCUUUAAGAAAUUGGUUAGAAAUAUUUUAUGAAAUUUGUUUUUCUCUCAAAAAUGGUACAUCCUGGGAUGUUGGCGUCAAAGGAUGACUCAAGGAUGUGUAGAGGAGGACUCAAGGAAAAUUUUCCUGGAACAAACCAUAUCCCUAUCUCCUCAUUUUCCCUGAAGUAUUUCAGAUUUUCCUCAUAAAUCCCUAAAUGUCCUUCAAAUCCAUUAAAAGGAUGCAUAGGACGACUUGCAUCGUUUACAAAAAUAUUCUCAUGAACAUCAUAGAAUCAUAAAACUUUCCAUUAUCCCCAGAAAUUAUGCAUUUGAAUUACUUUUGAACAUGUGGACAACUGAAGAAAUCCAGUUCUUUCGCCAUCACCAUUAAAAAUCUUUAAGAUAUAGGAAGAAAUAUUUUAUUAAACAUAUUUUAUCCAAAUAACAGUACAUCGUAGGAUGUUAGUUUGGUGUUAAUGUCAAAGGACAUUCUGUGGAGGGGGGGGGGGCUCAAGGAAGAUUGUCCUAGAAAAAAAACUAUAUCCCUAUUUCUUUUUCCCCUGUGAUUUUCUAGUUUUUCCAUUUAAAUCGCUGAAUAUCCUUCAAAUUCAUGAAAAGGAUUGUUUGUAAGGACACGACUCCCAUAUAUAAAAAUUCUUCUGAAAAAAAGAGUAAGGAUCUCUGAAGAUCUUAGGAUGCUAAAAGUAUCGUUUUCUAGAAAUUACAUACACAAAAAAAAAAUUAAAAAAAAAUAACAUACCGCAGAAAAUUUAUGUUCUUUUUAUGCUAUAACAAUAUUUAUGAAAUAUUAUGCUGCAGCAUAUAUUUGAUUACUAUAUUUACUCAUUUGUAACUUUUAUAGCUUUUCUUGGGUUCUUGGUUUAUCUGCUCAUUUACUCUUUACUCUUAAUCUCUCCUUUACAUUGUACACAAUGUGGCCAAAUUUAAAUCACUGAUAAAUAUUUUAUUGCACUGAUUUAUAACUGCUGUUUGAGAAAUAUUUUAUCAUUGCGAAUGCACUAUACCAAUAAGUAUGAUUAGUGAGAUUUCUCUUCUUGGAAUUAAUUGAACUAAAUUAAUUCUGCUCUUUUCGUAAAUUCCACAAUAUCAACCAAAAAGUGUCAAUAAAAUGAAUUCUUGCCCAGAAAAUAUAAACAAUUUUUGUUUCGCGUGUGGCAAAUAUACAGUUGCCGCGAAUAAACUGAAACUACGUGAUUGUAAAACAUUAUAUGAAUUGUAUUUUGAUUUUCUAAUUAUACUGGAUGUUCCCUGGGCUCCAAAUAUAAUGUGCAAGUAAGAUACAUUUUUUUUAUUCUCUUUACAACUUUGGUGAAAGGAACGUCUAUUGACACUUUAAGAACUCGUGUCAGCACCUAUUGACACCCUACUCUGUACUAUUUGGGAUAUGAAAUUUGAACAUCUCUGUUUAUAGUAAAAGGUAUAUUACAGAAAAAACGUUAUAUUACUUAUAUUUUACUAGAUAACAUUAAAUAAUUUUCAACAUUUUGACAAAAGUGUCAAUAGGGGUUCCCUGUUGAACAGACGUUCCUCCGACCCUAAUUGCUUUUUCUAAAGGUUUUCACUAAAAUAAAACUUAUUUCUUAAAGAUCUUGCUAUAAUAGACUAAAGGAAUGGGCAAAGGGAAAACGCGAAGCUCUGGUUUUUGGUACACCAAUGAUUUGGACAAAUCCUGGGAUGCACUAUUCAGAAAAUUGCUAUGCAUGUGUGAAUAAGACUUUUGGGCAUAAUUCCAAGACUCGUACCAAGAUUAUGUACAAAGAAGUUCCUUCUGCUAAAUUGCCAGUGCCACACUCACUACAAAAUAAAUUAGAAUAAAUAAAUGAAUUUUCUGUGGUAGGGUAGAGUCAGUACUUUUCGCCACCAUUAAGCUUUAGGGGCAUCGUAAGGUGUGAUAUUUUUGUCAGACUAAAAUGAAUUUUUUGUAUAAAGAAACUUUGAAGCAAUAUCUAUCUAUAUAUCUAGGACACGUCUCGGGAAUUUUAGAGAAUCUCAUUGAAAAAUAUGCAUUUUCCCCAAUUACAGUAGACUCUCGCUAAUUCGGCUCUUUUAAGAUCGGGCUACUUUUUAAUUCGGGCAGCGGUUACAUUUGAAAAAAGUUUGUUGUCAUUUUUCAAGUUUGAUUAUAAUUAUCAAAUGAAUCAAAUAUGCUCAAAUUUGGAUUGUUUUGUCUUAAUUUUGAUGUGAUUUUGCAUUAUUAAGGGGUUUUUAUGCAAUUUACGUUAUAUAUGAGUUCGUAAACUCAAUAUCUAUAUGCAGAUGAAUAAAAAAUCGUUGCAUUUCAAAAACUUUGUCGCCCGAAUUUCUGUCUAAUUCAGCUGACAUUUCGGUCCCAUAUGCCCGAAUUUUAGAAAGUCUACUGUAUGCUUGUUUCAGUACUUUUCGCCACCUGUUUUAAAACGAAUUUCAAUUAAUUAAGAGACGUAAUAACGCAAUGGGAUAUUAGAGUUUUGGGUAUUAUAAGUUUUGAAAUGCUACUUAUUCUUAAAUGCCUUAAAUUAUUUGUUUUAUAUUAGGUGGCGAAAAAGUGCUUACAUGGCGACUCUACCCUAUAUUCAAAUUUUUUGUAUAUGUAAUUCUUAAAUAACAUACCUUUUAAGAGCCUAAGAUUUUCAGAGACCCUUACUCUUUUUUCAAGAAGAAUAUACUAUUUGUAAAGGUAAGUCGUCCUAUGCAUCCUUUUAAUAAAUUUAAGGAUAUUUAGGGAUUUAUGAGGAAAAUCUGAAAUACUUCAGGGAAAAUGAGGAGAUAGGGAUAUGGUUUGUUCCAGGAAAAUUUCCUUGAGUCCUCCUCUACACAUCCUUGAGUCAUCCUUUGACGCCAACAUCCCAGGAUGUACCAUUUUUGAGAGAAAAACAAAUUUCAUAAAAUAUUUCUAACCAAUUUCUUAAAGAUUUUCAUCUUAAUCUAGCUCAGAAACUAGACGUAAUAGACCAUAACUUUCUUCGGAGUUAUCACUCAGGAGACACCAAGGAAUCCGAAAAUACCGGUCAUUUGAAAUCACAUUUUUUGCUGUUGCACAGUGAUAUCAAUUGCGCUUCAAUAUUUUCUUUUUGUACUUAAGAGCUCCUUUUGAAAAUAAAUAAUAAAUAAAGGAGCUGGCUUUUGUGGAAAUUAGAGAAUUUAUGCUUCCGGAUGAGUUAUUUAAAAGCAAUUCUUUAGAGAAAAAAUAAAACUCAGUGUAUCGCUGCUUUGAAAAAAAAA